CAGAAUCCCGUUACUGUAGGAAAAAGAUCCGUCACAAUGGUGGACCACAAGACGAAGCGCCCAAUAAUACGAACCCAAUCGAAUCAUUCAACGGAAUGCCUAUCAUCAUCAUUAUCACCAUCACCGUCCCUAACACUUCUUCUCUCUCCCUACUGCUGCGCUGCGGCAAAAGAAGAUAUCUUCAGUCAGAUCGUACGAUUCUGGUGUGCAUAAUUCUGCAAUUCUACCAAUUUAUAUAGUAACAAACAAUUUGUGUAAUUCUCUAACUUGUUGAAGUUUAUUGCUUAGAAUUUGAAGAGAGAUGUAUCAAAACAUUGAUGAGAAGAAGGUGGUAUAAGUGCAAGUCGAAGGGAAUUAUUGGAGAAGUUGUGAUUAUGGAGGUUGCGGAGGUAGCAGUGAAGAUGACAAGAGAACGGGAGGUUUUAGAGGUGGUCGACACAAGGAAGAGGAAGAAGCGUGAUGGUGAUUUGGAGAUGUCACCAACUGUAGCUCGUGUUAGAAGAAAUUCCGUAGUCUCAGUUGUACCGGCGAGUUUUGAAUCUCCACCGAGCAAGCUUAGUUCCCAGGGAAAUACUGUUUCGUGUAAACCGGCUGUGUGUUCUAACUUUCAUGACGGUUUAGCAUCUGGUUUUGGAGAUGAUGAAUCAAGCAAUGUCACAAAAGGAAGCUCGAAAUUUGUAGAUCUGGAUGAGGACAGUGUGGAAAUUGCAACCAGUUAUUCAGAGUUGAGAGAAAGAGAGACAAUACUAUCCAACAAAUUCAAAGUUGAAUUUCACAAAGUGGAGUCAACACCGAAACCACAACAUGCUAAAUCUUGCCGCCGCCGAUUGACAGAGGCAAUUAUGCCCUCCGAGGCUGAGCUUGAUGAGUUCUUUGCUGCAGCCGAGAAAGAUCUCCACAAACAUUUUGCAGAAAAAUACAACUUUGACUUUGCAAAAGAGGAGCCAUUGGAAGGUCGCUACGAAUGGGUUCGACAAUGAAACCACAAUAUUUAAAGGCCAAGAUCAUAGCAAUAGCAGCAGUUGCUUCUUAAUCUAAUUUGUUAGUAGUGAUUCUAGUAUUUCCAAGUAUAUUUAACUGUUCACUCUUUAAACUAGUACUACUUCUCUUUUUUUGUUUUCUUACUUUAUUGCUUUAUGAUUUUGGUUUCCAUGGGGCAGGAGUUCAAUUUGAAUAUGUACAGCCCGGGAACACGAAAUGAUCUCUCUGUGUUAAUAUACAAGUUAUUAACCGAGAA